AUGUGGGUGGGUAAGAACUGUUACCACGCUAUUGCUAUAAAUGAGGAAACCUCAGCCCUGGUUGUUGGCGAGAUCGGCAAGGACUUCUCCCGCUGCCCUAAUUUCUUCUAUAAUAAAACUCCCCCACAGGGUGUCAGGGCACCAAGAUAUCAGCCAAUAUGCCAGCGCUAUAGAAACCAGUACCACUUUGCCAGCCUGUAUGAUCGUCAGCGUCGAGUGCCUUUGUUCUCUGCCUACAGUCUGAGUCCUGCUGAUGGCAAACGACCCAAAUCCGUUUGGAUGUAUGAACCGCAGUUGGCAUUUUCCGGUGCCAGCCCAGAGAUGAAGCAUUUUGACACCCCUGUCGACCAGAAUGUGAUUGAAAGCCAGGCGGUGCUUGAUGACUACAGGAACUCCAGCUUUACCAAGGGUCAUCUCAAUCCUAGCUUGCACCAGAAGACGCUCGACAACCGGGAAGCCACCUUUACCCUGACAAACAUUGUCCCCCAAAAAGAAGGCUCCAACUCUGGACCCUGGAACAAACUGGAGAAUGAGGUGUUGAAUAGUUUCAAGAUGUUCUGCAACGGGACCAUGUACGUGAUCACUGGGGCCAUGCCAUACAAAUCUGGGGACCACUGGAUUAAUAACAGGGUGUCUGUUCCUGAAUACAUGUGGUCUGCCUACUGCUGCCCAUCAUUCAAAUCUGAUCUCCUUAAUAAUAUGAAGCAGUUUUUCCCCACGUAUGCUGCAGUUGGAAGAAACGACCCCAACAGCAGCGAGGAGAUUGUGCCAGUUAAUAAGAAUGCGAAGCCCAGUGUGCGGGGCUAUGAUGUGAGGAGGAUGCCGUUAGAGAACCUGGAGGGUAUCCUGGCAAAAAGACUGGCCAUGCCCAUCAGUCUGUUUGAUAAACACUGUCAGGCAUAAAAGCCUUUAGCUUGACCGGACUCUGAUAAACUCGCUGCAGUUUUAAUUAUUGAGCUGCUGCUUGAUUAUCGAGGACAUGAUGGACUGAAAUUGUUUUUUUCCCCUGAUUGACUUUGUAAAAACGGCAUUUCCCUUCCUGCUAAUGUCAUUUCGCUCACAUUUAAUAGCAUUAUAAUUUUCCAAUUAAUCAAGACUAAAGUGUGUGAAUUUAAAUGUUUAUUCUCCAAUAGAUUCAAAAGCCAAACACAGAGAGUAGCAAGCGCUCAGUUCUUUUAAAUAAAACUGGAUUGGUUUUAACAUGAGUCAGUUAUUGAUUACAUAUUACAAAUGUACAUUUGAGCUGGAACACCAUCAAUAAAUACUAAGUCUAUACAAAUGUCUGGUUUCAUUUUUUCCUCUUUACAAAAAUGACUUAGUGAAUUUCUGCAUUAAAUCAUAGAAAACAUUUUAGGGGCAGACAAGCUUUCUGGGUUACUUUUUUCAGAGGUUUGCCACUGACGUUACCCAGUUCAACAUUUAAUGAUGAUUGUGUCAAACUAAAGAAAAAUAGUUGAAAUGAGAAACUUUCUCAUGAAUUAUUUGACCACAUAAAGAAAAUAAAUAAACCUCAGACUUGCUGUGAACUGACAGUUGCUAAAUAAAGUCGAACUAUGGUAAGGGGUUUUUAUGUGUUCAGAAAAUUUGGUUCCCACGAGAGAGCAAAUUUCAGUGACACAAAGAACACGGAUCUCAGGCAAACCAGUGUUUACUGAGACAAGAAGAAAAACAAAGAUCAAAGCGAAUGGAUAUGAUUUAAAUAGCGGUUACUCAUAGAUAGCAUCACAGCAUUUGUGCUUGGUGUGUUAUUUCCAAUCUUUCACAUCCCUCAAGAAGCCCUAAUUUUUGUAGAAAAGUUGAUAUAAAGCUGGAGACAGACUCUCUGAAGGAAAAUGCUGCAACACCACAAGCGCCCCUUGUUUCUUCUGGCCAUUAAUUAAUUUAUCGGCAAGCAGGAACUAUACUGUCACUUGGUAAUAAGCUCCAGGAAGUGAAUUUAUUAUCUAGCAACAUUUAUUUUCUAAUAAAUGAGGUUGUACUCUGGUUUUGGUCACAUAGCAGAUGGGCCGAUGGUGAAACUUAAACCUCUGAACCGCAAAUAAGAUGUGAGACACAACACAUCUCACAGCUGUAGGUGUGGGUUCUUUUUUACUUGUUGUCUUUCCAGUUCCUGCAGAAAAUGGCUCGCUGGAGCUGAUCUGGUAGUCGUUCCACAUUCAUGCACCACUCACCCAAACCCUGCAAACAAACUGACCUUCUGACAGAUGGACAGCUAUUUUAUGUCUUCUUUUUAAAAAAGAUGACUUUAGAUUUUUAAUAUUUAUAGAGAAAGUGAAAACAUAGCUGGAGACAGACUCUUUGUAGGAAAAUGCUGCAACACCGCAACUCCCGCAUGGCUCUUCCAGCCCUUGAAGACAUGGUGCUAAAUGGGAUGCAAACAAAACAACAUCAUCUUCUAGCUAUCAGCUAUCAGACACAAUUCUGGUAUUUCCUAUAACAUUUUACCAAAUGCUAAAUAAAGUGGCUUUAUUAUCUAAUAAAAUUUAAUAUCUGAUAGAUGUGGUGCACAGCUAUACUCGAUGUGCACAAUCACAUGGCAAACAGCCAAAUGAUGAACCACAAGUGAGACGUGAAAUGCAACACAUUUCACAGCCUCAACCCUGACUUUUGGGGGUUUCUUUCUUUAUCUUUUCCUGAUCUUGCAAAUGUACUAAUGGA